AUGUAUUCCAUUGAUCGUACAUCUCCAGUACCACCACCGCCACCACCACCAAUCGAUAAUCAUUCAGUAAUGUUGAACGAAACUGAAACUGAAAUUGAAUCAUCAACACCUGAACUAAAUUUACUAUUGGAUAAAUUAACUGAAAUAUUGCGAUUUCGUUCAAGUUGCCGUCGUCAUUUCGGUCAACAACAAUCACAACAACCGAAUUCAACAACAACUACAAAUUUAAAACGUCUUCAAUCAGGCAGUAUUGAACCUUUACACAACAUUAACACCAGCGAUAGUCCAGCAGCAGGUGCCUGGAAAUCGUCGAUUUCAAAUCGUUCAUCACAUCAUCAUCAUAAUCCUCAUGUAAAUUAUUCAAUCAAUGAUAAAAAACGUCGUUUACCAAGCUUAUUACAACGUUUAAUUGACGAAGGAAAUCUAAUUAAAGAAGCUGUACGACGUCUUAAAUCACAACGGUUUACACAUUCAUUUAAACAACAAACACAAAUGGAUAAUACACCAUCAACACCAAUAACAAAAUCUUCUUCACAAACUCUUCCAAAUGUCAAAUUAUCUUCAACAAGUAUUAAUAUUCCUCAACAAUUAAGUGAUCCACCGACACAAACAACAUCAUCACCAAAUCGAGGCAUAUCAUGGUUUCUAUCAUCGAGUGUAUUCGGUACGACAAAUCAUAGUAGUGGUAGUGGUUCACCACUUCGGAAUUGUUGUUCAUCGGGCACACAUGAUCGAACACCAAUGGAAAUCGGUAUUCAUGAUGGAUAG